AAGUUGCAAUAGAAGUAGAUCUCAUAACAGAAACAGUUAUUGAAGAAGCGAUAAUAAUAGAGCUUGCUAAUGUUUUGGGCAAAACCAAAUAUUUUGCCAAAUCUGAAUCUGAAAUAGGGAUGAUAUUAAUUUCGCCAAUUAUACAAAUUUCUGAAAAUUUCUGA